AUAAAUAUGAGAUUACAUCGAUCAGAUACAGACAAAAAUGAAAUUUGUUUGUUUUUUGUUAAUAAUAUGCUGCGCGAAAGGGCUUCGCGCAAACAUUAGCAAUAAGGUUUUUCCGCCUUCCUUUAAAUUCGGUGCCUCGACGGCUGCCUAUCAAAUCGAAGGGGGUUGGGAUGCAGACGGAAAAGGACCUAGCGUAUGGGACACCUUUGUUCAUAAAGGAGGUGUCACAGUGGAUAAUUCCACUGGAGAUGUUGCUUGUGAUUCGUAUCAUAAGUGGGAAGAGGAUGUACAAAUUCUUAAAGAGUUAGGAGCCCAAAUAUACAGAUUUUCAAUCAGCUGGCCUAGAAUUCUACCCGAUGGUACGACGAAAAACAUUAACCAAAAGGGGGUUGAAUACUAUCUAAACUUGAUUAAGGCACUGAAAGCAAACAACAUCGAACCGAUAAUCACACUUUACCACUGGGAUUUGCCCCAGAGCCUGGAGGAAAACGGUGGUUGGUUAAAUCCCGUCACUGCAGACUACUUCGGCGAAUACACUCGUCUUUGUUUCCAAUUGUUCGGGAGUUACAUCAAAUACUGGAUCACUCUCAAUGAACCAUUCAUCCAGUGCCUCCACGGAUAUACAGUUGGUCUUCUCGCACCGGGAGUGGUUAACUUAGGAGAAGGGAUAUAUAAAUGCGCUCACGUGCAACUCCUGGCACACGCUCAGGCUUACCAUAUAUACGACGACGAGUUUAGAGACAGCCAAAACGGAAAAGUGGGUGUUAACAUUCCGUACUCUUGGAUGGGACCUAAAGAUCCCAACAAUUCCCUUGAUGUAGAGGCUACGGAAAGAUAUUUUCAAUUUCAGUGUGGGUUAUUCGCGAACCCCGUAUUGAUCGGCAAUUGGCCGCAGCUUGUGAUAGACAGAGUUGGCAAUUUAAGUGCCCAGGAGGGUUUGGCGACUUCCAGACUACCAGAACUGACCAAGGAAGAAAUUGAAUUUAUAAAUGGGACCAGUGAUUACAUAGCAUUGAACUCAUACUCAGCAAGUCUUGUAUCGUACGCAAACGACUCAACACCGUUGAUACCUAGUUACUUGACAGACUAUAACGUGGAAACUUCUAUGAAUGACUCGUGGCCCACGUCAACAGCAGAAUGGCUGGUUUCGUACCCAGAAGGGUUGCGCCUAGCAUUGAAUCAGAUUAACGACCGGUACCAUCCCAGCGAAAUCAUCAUUACUGAAAACGGGUGGAGCGACGAUGGUCAACUGAAUGACAUUGGUAGACAGGAAUACAUGGAAGGAUAUUUGAAUAGCAUUCUGGAAGCGAUCACUGAAGAUGGUGUUAAUGUCACCGGCUAUUCAACUUGGUCUUUAUUGGACAAUUUCGAGUGGGCCUACGGUUACACGCAGUCGUAUGGGAUUAUAAAAGUUGAUUUUAAGGAUCCCAACAGAACCCGCACGUGGAAAGAUUCCGCUACAUGGUACAAAAACGUCAUCGAAAAUAGAUUUAUAACAAAAUAAUCAAGAAUAAGCGAAAGUGGUGUAACAGAAUGUAAUAAAAAAAUGUGUGUUACUUUUUUGUUCUUCCAACAGACAGAAAAUAUCUGGAGAUCGUUAAUUGAAUCACGUGUUUUACAUAAAAUUAAAAACAAUAUACUCAGAAAAAAAACACCAGACAGUUACCAUGGUGAACUAAACUAAAUGUAAAUGUGACUUGGUAAUAC